AAUCUGCUCACAUGCUGCUAUGAACUUAACCUGACUGCUGUUUAUGUUACUAGAAGGGAUCUUACACACCAUCGAUGGUUGUCCUGAGGAUAAGAAGUGGGCACAAAAGGAAAUAUGCACUUGUCUGCCUGUGCAUUGUUGGCUUCCUUAUGUACAGAUAUCUUGGCUCUUCUUCCAGCACACCGGCAACGAGGUGGAGGAUGAGCAGGAAAGUAGGCUUGACUGCCAACAUGUCCCAGUUCACCCUAGAGGGAGAGCCCUUUCGCAUCCUUGGGGGAUCCAUCCACUAUUUCCGUGUGCCCAGAGCCUACUGGAGGGACCGCCUGGUGAAGAUGAAGGCCUGUGGCAUCAACACCCUCACAACAUAUGUGCCAUGGAGUCUGCACCAGCCGGAGAGGGAGGGGUUUAACUUCCACACACAGCUGGAUUUGGAAGCAUACAUCAAUCUGGCAGCUGAGUUGGGCUUGUGGGUGAUUUUACGUCCAGGGCCCUACAUUUCCUCUGAGAUGGACCUCGGAGGACUGCCGAGCUGGCUUCUCCAAGAUGGCAGCAUGAGACUGAGGACGACCCACCCAGGCUUCACUCAGGCUGUCAACUCUUAUUUUGACAAACUUAUACCAAAAGUGGUUCCGCUGCAGUUCAAGAAAGGAGGUCCCAUCAUUGCAGUGCAGGUGGAAAACGAGUACGGGUCCUUUGCAAAGGAUCAAAAUUACAUGCUUUUCAUCAAAGAGGCUUUACAGUCCAGAGGGAUCAGCGAACUUCUGCUCACAUCAGACAAGCACAACACACUGAAAUCAGGAGAUGUGGAUGGAGCCAUCAGGACAGUGAAGCUGCAGAAACUAAAUCAUAGAGACAUCCAGGACCUGAAUGCUAUCCAGCCCAACAGCCCCACUGUGGUGAUGGAUUACUGGACCGGCUGGUAUGAUGUGUGGGGGGAACUCCACCACGUGCUGCCCCCAGAGGAUAUGGUAUCCACCGUGAGGGAGAUUCUGAGGAGAGGCAUGUCUGUCAACCUGUACAUGUUCCACGGAGGAUCCAGCUUCGGCUUCAUGAGCGGGGCUCUCGCCAGUCCUUCCUACAGAGCCUUAGUACCCAGCUAUGAUUAUGACGCUCCCUUGACUGAAGCUGGGGAAUACAGUCCAAAGUACCAUCUUCUCAGGGAUUUACUGUCUCGAUACAACGGAGGAGACAGUUUCCCUGACAUGCCAGCGCUGCAUUACAGGGAGGCUUAUGAACCAGCCAUCAUGUACCAGCACCUGUCCUUAUGGGAUGCCUUGAGCUUCACUGAGGGACCCGUUAAAUCAGCCAAGCCAGUGAACAUGGAAAAUCUGCCUGUGAACAACAGGAACGGCCAGUCGUAUGGCUAUACUCUGUAUGAGACCACCAUCACCAGCGGAGGGUUGUUGAAGUCAGGAGACAACGUCCGAGACCGAGCCCUGGUGUUUGUAGACAGAAGCUACAUUGGUCUUUUCAAGCGGCGGAGCCUGGAGCUGGCGGUUCCUGAUGGUAAGGGACGGCGUACCUUGAGUUUAUUGGUGGAGAACUGUGGGCGAGUUCACCAGGGAAGGGACCUUGACAAACAACAUAAAGGACUAGUGGGAGACAUUUUAUUAAACAAUAUCCCCUUGCGGGAUUUUACAAUAUACAGCCUGGAUAUGAAACCCAGCUUUAUUGAUAGUCUUUAUCAGGCACCUUGGAAAACUCUCUCGGAAUCUCCCAGCUUUCCUGGAUUUUUCAUGGGGAGACUGUUUGCGUAUGGGUACCCGAGUGACACGUUUGUGAAGAUGCCAGGCUGGGAGAAAGGUGUCGUGUUCAUCAAUGGGCUGAAUCUGGGCCGUUAUUGGUCGAUUGGCCCCCAGCAGACUCUCUACCUCCCUGGUCCUUUUCUAAACAGUGGAAUCAACCAGGUCAUCGUAUUUGAGGAGCAAGAGGGAGACUACAAAGUCAACUUUGAGGAUAUGCCUGAUCUUGGGAUGGCAGCAGACAUCCAGUGACUGUCAUCACAUGACAUCUUGGGAACCGUUUUGUUGUGUGAAAUGUUGUGUAAAAGUGUGCCUUUUUUUCUUGACAUGAGGUCAAAGUCCAAUACAAGAACAUCAAUGUUGUCAUUAGCCAUGCUCUAAUAUCGUACAAAAAAUUCUGCAUAUAUUCUGUACGUACACAUUCCACGUCAACAAUCAAUCAAAGGCAGAGUCAUGAUUGUAUGGGAGCAGUUUAUGUCUAUGUACAUACAGUACCUUUAGUUACACUGAAUCUGUACACAUCGAGCACAAAUAUCAAGCACAUCUUCUUACCCAUGGAUUGCCACUUUAAAAGUAAUGACUUCUGAGUGUGAAUCACAAUUCUAUGCCAUAUUGUUACAUUUGUAUUGCUUGUGUGAAUAGUUUUUGCGAAUGUGUCACGUAGGAGUUACUGAAACAGAUGAAUCUUAGGCCUGUAAAACAAACAAAAAAAAUAGCUUCAUGAGACAAAAUGAGGCAGAAGAGAUACAAAGACCUUUCGAAUGACACCCAAGCAGCGUUGUAGCAACAUCAGGCCCUUAUUUUAAAGAAAGAGUUCAAGGUUUCCACAACCUCUCACUUUAAUAACUGACCAAACUCUUCUAAGCCGCAGAGUCUGAGAGAACAUUUGCAUUUAAAAGCGGUGCCACUGCAAGUCAAUGGGGUAUGAAAUCAUCACUUGCAAGUCAUCCAUCCAUGGUGGGAAUAAUUAGGAUGUGUAACACAGCUAAAAGAAAGGACGCACAUCCAAUUUUUGAAGUAAUGGCUUCAUAUUCCAUUGAUUCUCACAAGUAUAGUUCACAACUAACAAGGGAAUGGUACCAGUUACUCUGAAACAAUAAAUAAAUGCAAAGAAACCUUCAGUUCAGUUAAUUAGCUUACGAGGAAGCCUGCAGAGUGGACAGGCUACUAGCUACGCUCAAUCCUCUCUUAAAUAUGAGGAGACCUCGGUAAUGUUACAGCAUAUCAGGACUAAACCAGAGCUUGUAGUAAAUGAGUGUGAGAGAGGACAUUGCUGUUACACUAUAAUAAAUUACUGGUCUGUG